GUCGAUAAAAAAAAAAACCAUUGGUCGUGCCUUAUACAUGGUUCGAUAAAUCCAAUAUUUAUUUAUUUUUUAAUCCUUAAAUAAUAUUUUUUAACCAGCAAGUGUGUCUUUGACAUCUCAAUUUCGUUUGGAUAAUUUGGAGAUUCCAAAUUUUGGAACAAAUACACAGUAAAAAAAGAGAAGAAACCAUCAAAAUGUACGGACAAAAACAGAUACUGCAAUGUUUGGCCGUUGCAUUAAUAUUGGCAGUGCUUAACUUUCAUCGAACGGCCAUUAAACGGAACCGUGAAAUUAUAAAACCAAGAAUAAUACGUAAAGUAGGCACGGGCAGCUCGAAAAUCAAACAAAUGGAUGAGGAAAAUAUUUGUGUAUCAAACGAUGGUAAUUUCACUGGCUAUUGCAUACGAUACCCAUUUGGUCGAAAUGUGUGUGCUAAUCAUGACUCCGAUUUUCUAUGCCGACACAAUUGUUUUGACAAAUUUGAUACAUGGCUACGGAAACAAUGCCAGGCAAACUGUUGCAUUAGAAGGAGCACAGCAAUCACUUUAAAUACAAUUAAUUUUAAAACGAUGACUACGACGGUGGCGGCGGCUAUCACCGCCGCAACAAAAACAAAUGGCUCGCAGAGAACACGUAAUGUUGAGAAUGCGCUGAUGAAGUACGUGGGCGAGAAUGGCGCAAGUCUGCAUAUUAAACAAUGUGAACGAGCGAAAACAAUUAUCGAACCAAUCAAUGAAAAAUUGAUGGGUACGAAACAUAUCAAUCCAGUGGGAGAGUAUGAAUGUAAAAUUCGAUCGGACAACGACGACGAAUUUAUUUGUAAAAACACCACGUCAGAUACAACAGUUGAUUUUGUUAAACUGGAGACCAUCAACAAAACGAAAAUCGCCGCCACAACCAUGGAAUAUCACGAUUUUCUGUUCAAUUUGGGAUUACCGGAAACUAAAACGGGAUCAACGCAAUCUUUUGAUCGUUUGAGUACGAUGUCAUCUACAUUUCUGGCCUUUAUCUCACUUCUCGUGGCCAUUUUCACAAUUCGAAUUAUGUGGAAACUCUUCAUGACCGAUCAUACCGAAGCUUUUCUGCGGGUAAUAGAGAUGCGUCGUACGUUACACGAUCGAUUGGAGCAAAUCCAUGCCGACUUGAAUCAAGAACGAGAGAACGAGGCAAACAACAAUAUUACUGACAAUAGCAUUUCUGACUCGGAACAUCCUGAAGAUGAAGCUUUUACCCAGGACAAUUCAAUCAAUAUUGCAGAUAACAAGGAAACUGAUAGCGGCGACGCAGAGACCAAAAGCACACAACAAACGUCGGAGCAAUCAAUGUAG